AUGGCGAGUACAAGGAGUAAAUUUUCACUCAUUCUCGAAGAUUCCGCAAGUGUUAAAAAUAAACUUCAGUGCUCAGCGACUUUAAAGCCAAAAAAAAGAUCAAGUUACCACUGUUGUGUGCCUCUAUGUAAUGGAGAUUCCAGAUAUCACCAAGACCUGAAGUUCCAUCGCAUUCCAAGUGCCAAUGACGGCAAAGAAACCCUUAAACUUUGGCUGGUCAAAAUACGAAGAGACGAAGGGCCUGAUUUCAAGAUAUCAAGCAGCACAAGGGUUUGCUCGAGACACUUUUUAGAGGACGAUUACCUACCUCCUGAUAAUGCAGGACGGUGUUUAUUAAAAAAAGGGUCUGUUCCCAGCCAAUUUGACUGGUCUUCAAUGACUCCAAAAAGAAGAAAACUAAUUCGCACUUGUACUGGAGAGACACAAACUGAAGAAACUGGCAGUGAAGUGUGCACAGUCGAUCCUUUGCUAAAAAUGCAAGAAGAGUUGGAAGGAUUAAGAUUGGAGGUAAUUCUGAAAACCCAAGAAUUAAAAAAAAGUAAGGAAGAAACAGCUUCUGUUAUGGAAGAAAUGAAUGCAUUCAAGGCCCAAGCACAUAAAGAAAUUGAAAAUACCAAGAAGGCUGCCGCCGAGGAGUUAGCACUAUCCAAAUUUGGUUUAGAAAGAUUUUCAACAAGAUUCUACACAGGAUUUGUUUCUUAUGAACACAUUAAGGCUUUUUAUGAAAUCAUAAAACCAACUGCUGAGAGAAUGACCUAUUGUUAUGCUACAGGAGAUAGAGAAAGUGGUCCAAAAGCACGAACCAUGCUAGUUAUAGAAGAGGUGUUUAUGUUCCUGGUUCGUAUUAGAUUGGGCUUAUUUGAGCAAGACCUUGCUCACAGAUUUAAAAUACAAAUAUCCACUGUUAGCCAAAAAAUAGUUACAUGGAGCAAUAACUUAUAUUUCAUGUUGGGAUCUCAAGCUUUACCCAAGUACUAG